AUUUCAAUGGUUUUUGCUAUUGAACUCCUCUUCUUUUGUUUUCAAUAUCUUGUAUCAGCUCCCUCUUUUUCAUCUCUCUUUUCAUAUUCAUCCUCCCAUUUUCUUUAUUCUUAUUUAUUCUCUAAACUCAUCUACAAUAUUAUUAUUAUGAAUAUCUCUUUGAGUAAGCUGUGCUAGAUAGCUACAUCUGGAUUCAACUGAGUGGAUAAUAUAUAUUAGAGGAGAUAAAUUAACCAACUUGCGAGUUGACAAGACUGAAAC